AUGGCCCCUGGAGACUCCGAGGUGCGGCCCUGGCUUUGGCGUGGGUCACUGUGGUGCCUUCGGGAAGCCGGGGAGGCCCCCGAGCUGCGGGUGGGCAAUGCUGAUCUCCAUGCUCUCUGCCCGUGCCGUAUCCUGCCCCUAGACUUCCUUCCCCUGAAGUGUGAUGCCUGUGAGCAGAUCUUCUGCACCGACCACAUUGCUUAUGCCCAGCACGAUUGCACCUCUGCCUACAAGAAGGAUGUGCAGGUCCCAGUAUGUCCCCUCUGCAACACCCCAGUCCCUGUGAGGCGGGAGGAGAUGCCUGAUAUUGUGGUGGGUGAGCACAUUGACCGUGACUGCAAGUCUGACCCUGCACAACGCAAGCGCAAGAUCUUCACCAACAAGUGUUUGAAGCCUGGCUGCAAGCAGAAGGAGAUGAUGAAGGUGAUCUGUGACCAGUGCCACAAGAAUUACUGCCUCAAGCACCGGCACCCCCUGGACCAUGACUGCAGUGGGGCAGGGCAUCCCCUUUCCAAAGCAGGGCAUGCUGCAGUUACCAGAGCCCAGGCAUCCUCCUCCAAAUUAGUCACUGCAUCAAGCAGCGGAGCUGCCUGGCCAGCAGACAGCUCCUCUUCUCCAGCCUGUGCCAGAGGAGGCAGAGCGGCUGUGUCGCAGACUCGCAGCACCUCCCCUCCAGCUGUCAUGCUGCAGAAUGGGCUGAGCGAGGAAGAGGCACUGCAGCGAGCUCUGGAGAUGUCCCUGGCAGAGUCAGCACGCAGCUCAGCACAGCCACCAAGCACACAGGAGGAGGAGGAUCUGGCACUGGCCCAGGCACUGUCAGCGAGCGAAGCCGAGUACCAGCAGUUGCAGCGGCAGGCGCACAGUUCAAAGCCAUCAAACUGCAGCAUGUCAUAGGCAGGUGAGGCAGGGUGUGCCAGCAGACACAGGAUCCUGCUUGUGACUCAAGGAGCGGCUCUGGCCUCCCAUAUGGAUCCCGUG